AACGACAUCGUUUGGGUAUUGAAGCCAAAACCCCUAUCCCCUUCGUCAUCUCCAACACGAACGCUAAACCCCCCAUCUCCGCACUCUAUUCUCUGCAACUUUCUCCAUUAAUGGCUUUCACUUUCACUUCACAACUACACACUCUCUCUUCCCACCUCAAUUUUAUCUCUCUAAAAAGGCAGUUUACUAUAAAACCUGUUCAUUCUCUUUCCCGCCCUCCAUUUCCAUCACUCCGUCACCAACAAAACCCACUUCUUGCUGUGGGUCAAGACGGGAACUUUUACCCGAACCCAUCUGCAGAUGACCCGCCCGAAGCCCCGGAGGAUUCAGCUCAUGGAUUUUCAAAGUUUGACCAAAUACAUAUCCAGGCUGCACGUGCUCGGAAAAUUCAGGAAGAGGACUUUAAAAAGCAUCAAUCAACUUAUCUUAAUGCCAUUGCUGGGAGUGAAAUUGAAGACCCAUCUGUAAGUUCUUCUUCUACUUCUGGGGAUGAUUUGUUUGGUGAAAUUGAUAAAGCUAUUGCUUUAAAAAGAGAAGAGUUUAUAAAGCAAGGACUUUUAAAACCAACUGUUAGAAAUAAAGGAAAUGAAGAUGUUGUUAGUGAGGGAAUUGAGGAGUUAGAGCCUGAAGAAGUUGUUGAUUUAGAUGAGAUAAAUGAGUUACAAGGGCUUAGAGUUGUAGACGCUGAGUCUGAUUCUUCUGAUGAUAAUUCUAGUGGGUUUGAUGUGGAUUUUAGUAAAAAAGGUGAUCUUGGGUUGUCACGGGAUCCGUCUUUUGAUUUGGAUUUUGAUAGUUAUGGCAAAGGGAAGACUGUUAUUGUGGAACCCAAGUUUAGAAUGAGUUUGGCUGAGCUUUUGGAUGAGAGUAAAGUGGUGCCAGUUUCAGUUGCUGGAGAUUUGGAGGUGGAGAUUACUGGGAUACAGCAUGAUUCGAGAAUGGUGAAUGCUGGUGAUUUGUUUGUCUGUUGUGUUGGGAGGAGAACAGAUGGACAUUUGUAUUUGAGUGAGGCUGAUAAGAGAGGAGCUGUUGCAGUUGUAGCUAGUAAGGAGAUUGAUAUAGAAGAGACGUUGGGGUGCAAAGCUUUGGUUAUUGUGGAGGAUACUAAUGCUGUUUUGCCUGCAUUAUCUGCAGCUUUUUAUAAGUAUCCUUCGAAAAACAUGGCUGUGAUUGGUAUAAGUGGGACGAAUGGCAAAACCACCACAGCAUAUUUGAUUAAGGGAAUGUAUGAGGCAAUGGGAUUGAGGACUGGUAUGUUCAGUACAGUUGCAUACUAUGUACAUGGAGAUAAUAAGUUGGAAUCACCUAACACUACACCAGAUGCUGUCUUGGUUCAGAAUUUGAUGGCUAAGAUGCUACAUAAUGGGACUGAAGCUGUUGUGAUGGAGGCAUCUUCUCAUGGAUUGGCUUCAGGGAGGUGUGAUGAGGUUGAUUUUGAUAUUGCAGUAUUUACCAAUUUAACAGGUGAUCACUUAGAUUCUUUCCAUGGGACUGAGGAGGAGUAUAGGGAUGCGAAAGCUAAGUUGUUUGCUAGGAUGGUGGAUCCAGAAAGGCAUAGGAAAAUUGUCAACAUUGAUGAUUCCAAUGCAUCUUUCUUCAUUGCACAAGGCAAUCCAGAUGUGCCUGUUGUGACCUUUGCUAUAGAGAAUAAAAGUGCAGAUGUUCAUCCCUUGAAGUUUGAGCUCUCAUUGUUUGAGACACAGGUUUUGGUUAAUACACCACAUGGUAUCUUAGAGAUUUCAUCUGGAUUGCUUGGGAGGCAUAAUAUCUAUAAUAUUCUAGCUGCUGUAGCUGUUGGAAUUGCAGUUGGGGCACCAUUAGAGGACAUUGUCAGAGGGAUUGAAGAAGUUGAUGCAGUACCUGGUAGGUGUGAAUUAAUAGAUGAGGAGCAGGCAUUUGGGGUGAUAGUGGAUUAUGCUCAUACUCCUGAUGGCCUAUCUAUACUACUUGAUUCAGUAAGAGAGCUCAAGCCUAAGAGGAUUAUCACUGUUAUUGGUUGUGCUGGUGAGGGUGAUAGAGGCAAGAGACCAAUGAUGACAAAAGUUGCAACAGAUAAAAGUGAGGUGACAAUGCUGACAUCUGACAAUCCAAAGAAUGAAGAUCCAUUGGACAUCUUGGAUGACAUGCUGGCCGGUGUGGGUUGGUCGAUGCAGGAUUAUUUGAAAUAUGGGGAGAAUGAUUAUUAUCCACCUCUUCCUAAUGGUCAUCGACUUUUUCUGCAUGAUAUUAGACGAGUGGCUGUACGCUGUGCUGUUGCCAUGGGAGAAGAAGGUGAUAUGGUUGUCAUUGCUGGUAAAGGCCAUGAGACAUACCAAAUUGAAGGUGACAAAAAAGAGUUCUUUGAUGACCGGGAGGAGUGCAGGGAAGCUCUGCAAUAUGUUGAUGAGCUUCACCAAGCUGGGAUAGACACAAGUGAAUUUCCAUGGCGGUUACCAGAAAGUCAUUGAUUUAGUUAAGAACUCAAUAGUCUAAGAUAUGGGGAGAUUAUACAAUCUGGCCGCCACUGAGCACUGCUGGAUUCUGCUGCUUGUAUGCGAGCGGAAUCUGUUUAGUUUCUGGGCUUUGUGGCUCUGGUGAAGGCAAUUCAUGAAGAGUCCUUCUAUAUUAGGUGGAUGGUUCUUGGAUCUUUCGGCCUUUAAAAUUAUGGUGUCCUCUACAAAUGAAGCUCCACGAUAUGAUCUCCCAGGGGAAUCCACCAUCCAAUUUUGUAAGCAGAUGUAAUAUGGAACCUAGUGAAUGUGCAUAUAGCUGGUUGUAUCUCCUCCCAGUCCCACCAAUGUACAACCUCUUCAGCGUUUAAUUACAUUGAGCAAAUCAAGUUGUAUAGAGUGUUUUCUGAGUUCCUAUGCAUCAAUAUGAUGCAUUUGGUCUGUAUUCUCACCUUCUUGUAGCUGACACUGACAGAACAAAUUCAGUGUUCUAAUAUGUGAUUGUUCAGCUUAGCAUAAGCA